UACGGACCUUGACUCACUUUUCGGACCUGAACUUGAUUUUUCUCCCACCUGAGCAGAAAGACUUAGCGGGUGCAAAAGAAGACAUCUGUCUUCUUUGUCUGUCUGUCUAAUCGUGGACGCGGUCCCCAGUAGCGCAUUUUCUGCUAACAGAAUGCAGGAACCAAGAGAAGAUGGAGAUGGAGAAGAAAGUACAGCAACUGCUGCUCCUUGGAAAGCAAAUGAGGAGUAUUUGAAAGUUCUCACUGGAAUGGGCAUCAGCCGUGUUGCAGCUGAGAAGGCUUUAUUCUAUACAGACAACAGAUCUCCUGAUUUAGCAGCUGCUUGGAUAUUUGAAAAUUCAGAAGCAGAUUUAGAAACAUCAUUAGAAGCUGAAGCAGAUGAUCGAGGUAGAGAUUCCUUUGGAGAUGCUUACAAGAUGGCAUUUAUUGUAAAUAUGAGUUUGGACAUGGGUACAGGAAAAUUGGCAUCUCAAGUAGCACAUGCAGCAAUAGGAAUGCAUCGCUUAUUACUACAAAAUGAAAAUAAAUAUGGUGAAAUGGUUCUUCAGUGGUCAGAAGAUGGAGAAACAAAAAUUGUUUUGAGAGGUAACACUACACAGCACUUAGUAGAAUUAGAAAGGAAAGCCCUUCGGUUAGGUUUGCCAACAUACUUAGUACAAGAUGCUGGACGCACACAGGUGGCAGCAGGUUCUACAACGGUCUUGUGCCUGAUGGGCCGCAUUGAUAUUGUUGAUCAAGUCACAGGAUCUUUAAAGUUAUUGUAGCAGUUGGUCUUUGGUGCCUCAUCUACUUAAUAGCCUUGCUGAUUGCAGAUGUCUGCAUUUCCUUUCAUUUUGCUUUUGGCUGCCAUCACAUUUUUCGAAAAAAUUCUCAUGAGCCAUUAUUGUAGUGUCACUUUAUGUCAUGGGUGUAAAUUUUUACUUCACGCUGGACGCGAAGAAUGAUGAAUUCUGAACUGUUUGACUACUGGAAUUUUUUGGCUGCUUCUUAAUGUCAUUAUAUAUAGAAGAAGAGUUGGUUUUCAGUGCGCUUAUUUUGUUAUUUCUUUAAAUAUAUGUUUGCCUUUUACUAAAUAACCAGAAAUUUCAUUUUGGAUUAGUAGACCAGAGUAAGUAAAAUAGCUUUGAAAAGAACAUUUUGGUGGAUUCCCGCUGUCAGUUUUAAACCACAUUGUAUGUUUAUUGUAAUAUGUGUAAUGUUUUGAAUUUCAUAGCAUAAGAAAAAUUAUUGUUGCAUUAGGCUUUUGAAGUCUUUCUUGGGAUUGUUUAUAUCAAAAAUUUCUUUGAGCGAAAUAUAUUUCAAAUUAAUAGUUAAGCAAAGUAUCCCCCUCUGGAAACUUGAAAAUCAAUUUAUUGAAAUGAAUUUUCCAUAAAAAAUAAACAUUUUAAUUAGUCUAUAAUAAAUAAAUAUUUUAAUUAGUCUCUAAAAAAUAAACAUUUUAAUUAGUCAUUUUGUUUUGUAGUAAUAUGCAUGUUUACCUAUAAAUAUUUUUUGAAUUGAAAGGCUGGAUUUAAAAAAUUUAUAUGUUACUGUAGAAUAUGAAGUAACAAAACUAUUUUUAUUUUUGAGGGAAAGAGUACAUAUAAACAGUUCAUAAUCUUGAAAUGAAACAUUUUUACUUUGUUAUUACUUUUGCUUCAUAAAUCUGCAUGAUAUAAUUUAAUGUAUUGACAUCCCUCUUCCGAAAAGUCACCAACCAUUGAUGACUAAUUUUCCCCCAAGCUAAGAUAUGAAAGGCAAUAGUCAUUUUUAAAAAAUGACGCACUAAGAAUUGCAUAAAAUAGUAACCAGUUAAUAAAAUUUAAGUGCAAGAAACCUAUGAAAUAACACUUUUUUCAUUGUGCUGUUCUUGCCAUAUACCCAGUGAUCUGUUUUAGCUUCAUAAAACAUUGAUGACUUGCAGAAACUCCAUAUUGUACAUAACUUGGCACUGCAGACACUCAAUAUUCUCUCAUACGUAGCAAUUAAAAAAAAUUGGAGAACUUCACAAAUUUGACAUUGCACACAGCAGUGUUUUUUUUCAUGUUCACAGUGAUCUGUUUUUACUUAUAAAUUGAGGAAUAGCACAAAUUUGGAUCCAUAAAAUUUAAUUGUUUAUGAAGUACAACUUCAUAAUAUGUAAAUUUUUGCUAUCUCUGCUAACAAACACCACAUGUCUGAAGAAAUGCAAUACUCUCUUUUUGAUUAGCUGGUAAAAAGUCCAGCUGAUCAAAAGUCCCUUUAUGAUUCCUCACAAGAAAAAAAUGUACUCAGUGCUACAAAAACGAAUACUAUAACCAUUGUCAGUGCAACAAAAAUAAAUACUCAUUCUGUGCUCAUCUGUUGCACGUCCAUGCAUACCUGGGUUGCCAUAUCAAUGCAUUUUGUGCUGUCGUGGUUGCUUGUUUUGUUAACAUAGUGAAUUGCCUUGUGAAUACUUUUCAGAAAAGUAUGGAUAAUUAGAAAGUAUCGAAUUUAAGCAUUAGCGGAUUUGUACAAUUGCCUUUUAGUGUUUCAAAGAUAUGUAAAAAUAUAGGAAUUUUUUUAAUGUUGAGAUAAAUGUUUUUAUUGUGCCACUAUGCAUGAUGUUUAAAUGGUAGUAGCUUAUAAGUGUAGACAUUUCUUAUCCCCCCUUUUUUUGGUAAAUAUGAUGGUAAAUAUGGAAGUAAAAAUGUUUAUUAGAAAAAUAAAUUGAUAAGUAUAAAAAAAAAUCUGAUUACCAUCUAAAUAGAAAUUUCAUGCAAACUUGUGUCAAAUUGAUUUUCAGGGCCCCUUUUUGAAGCAAUGGAGGAUAUAUGUCUUAAAAACUGAGUUUGAAAACUGAAAUGUAUUACUCUUUAAUUGGGAAAUAUAAUUUUAUGAAUUUAAUUACCUUUAAUAGUAUUUAACAAUGAUUUUCAUAUACUGUAGCAAUAUAGAUUUCAGUGCCUCUUUUGCUUAAUAUUGGUAAAUGCAGAUAUCUACAAUUUCCCCCUUUCAUUCUAUUUUUGACUUUUCUCAUAUAAUUCAAGAACAGUGAGCUGUAAAUACCGAUUACAAGCAUAAAUAUUUCAUGCUGGACAUGAAUAAAUUUUGAUUUACUGGAUUAAUUUUUUUGCAUUUAUUUUUCAAUUACCUUUAUCUAAAUCAAUGGUUAUUGUUGUGAAUGUUGCUGCCUCUUGGGGAGGGGGAUUAAUAGGGAGAGUGAAAAGUUUUUAGCCUCACAGGGAAAAAGUGGUGCUAGAUAAUUAAGAUUUUGUAGGAUAAUAGGUUGGGGUUGUAUGACACACAGUGCAAAAUUUUAUAAGACAGAUUUGGUUCUUUCUGGAUUGAGAGUCAUCUUACAUCAAGACAGUGAAUCUCUUUAUCAUACUGCAGUUGCACAAGCUGGUUUGGUCAACUGUUGCUUUACUUCCCCAUCCACCUUAUUCUCUUGAUUGGCCUCAUGAAAUUUUCAUCUAAUCCCUGCAAUGAAGAAUUCACUUUGAAAGUGCCACUUCAACUCAGAUAUGAAGUUACUGAUGUAAAUAUUUAUACCAAUAACCUGAUUUUUCUGUGCUGAAUUGUGAAAUGGCCAUUCAGUGGGAUAAGAGUCGGAACAAAUCAUUCUAUAAGAUGACUAUAAACUAAUUGUAGCACUGGUAUAGGUGUGCAUUGAUAUCAUAAGUGUACUGAUAAAGGAAGUGAUUACGUAGGGAAAUCAUAAUAAGAAACUCUAGCUCAAACACCCCCUUCACUGUAAGGCUGAAAAGGUUUCACUUUUCCCUUGUAUAUGCUCAAAGAAAUGGGUGUGCAUUGCUGCAAAGGAAUCAGUUAUGCAUACAUUAAAACUUAUUUUAGGCAUUGUACUUGAUAAAAUAUAAUCUAUAACUUCACAUAGCUCACUUUUUUUAGUAAUGUGUAUUUACACUUAAAGUUCACACUUGACAAAGCAAUGGAAAACUCCCUUUUAAUUUAAGGGCGUCUAUUCAAAGGAUGUUACUGCUUCUGCAGUGCAGUUUUAAAUUAGAUGCUGAGAAACUGCUAUUAAGUUCAUUAAACUCUCUUUUCUGUUACAUCCAUUCAUAAAAGAAGAAUUAGUAGACUUAAUAGACUAUUUUAAUAAAUUUUCGUAAUUUUUUUCCCAUAAAUUAAGAUUUUAACUGUGUGGAAUGCAUUUAACUGCUCCUCUCAGAAAUGUAGAGGGAAGAGGAGGAGAGGAAAAUAGUUACUGAAAAUAAGCUUAAGAACUUUUAAUAAGUAUUUGUAACUUCAUUAUUGAAUGCUAACUGUAUAAUUCUAAUCACUUAGUUAAUUUUUUUCCAUUGGUUCGGAGGGCAAUAUCUAUGCCAGAGCAUCGAAAUGUAUGAUUUUGAUAAUUACAGUCUGGCUCUUUUUACUAGAUUAUGGAAAUGGAGUGUAUAUUUAAGAAUUAUGCAAUUAGAAAAAACAUUAAACUUUAUUUCCUGACUUUUGUGGUAUAUAUAUAUAUAUAUAUAUAUAUAAAUUUGUUAUUCAUUUAUACAUAUGCUUAAAAAUUUUAGUCUUCACCUUGCAUACUCUAUGUAGAGAAAUGUUUUUUACAUCCAGCUUCUAAUGGAGCCAGUUUUGAUUAUUUAAGUCAAAUUAGAGAACUGCAACAUUUUAAAUCAGAACAAUUGAAUAAGAAUGCAUAGGUUGCUUUCUUUGUAUAAGAUUCUUGGGAGAAAAAAAAGAGAUGCUUUUCAUGCAAUUCUUUUAAAGCUUGAUUUGUUAUAAGCAUUAUACUGUUUUUUAAUAUCACGUGUUUGUAUGAAGGUAAUACAAGGAAAAAUAAGAGAAUAUGUAUAUGGAACAGUAUUGAUAAAUAUGAAGUACUUUAUAAUAACCUUCUAGCAAAAAGCUUAUAAUUAAUUACAUGACAGCUAUUUAAUCAAAUCAGGCCCUUUUAUAAAAGCAGAUAUAAAAACUUAUUCCUCAGUGUUACAAACUAGUUACAUUUCAUGAUGUAACUUGUAGAAUAAUUUUUCAUAAAAGCUUUAAGACAAUAUAGGCUGACCUUAAAAAGUAUUUUAGAUUCAGUGCACAGAAAUAUUGCUAGUAAAUUGUGACAGUAUUAACAAAAAUAUUAAAUCAUUUUAUCGUAGGAAAGUUAAGAUGAGUUUAUUUUUUAAAACUGCACCCAAAAUUAAUUUUUUAUUAAAUUUUGUUUUAGUACUUUUCAUUAAACUUGGUUUCUGAUUUUUGACAUACUUUAAGAUGUCUUAUCAUUAUGAAAGAAGAUAUUGAGGUAUUCCUAAGUACUUUUUACUCAAGAUGUUACUUAAUUCUCAUUUAGUAAACAUGGCUUAUAAUGUAGUGUAGAGUACUGAAUUUAAAUAACUUUAACAUAUCACUGAACAGAGUGAUCUCUUCUUUAAGACAUAUAGGCAUAGAAUGAACAUUGGAAAAAUUUGUCAUUAAUUACACAUUUUUAUAACUCAUUAGAGAGCUAUUUAGGUUGUUUGUCGUAUGAUUCUUGGCAUAUAUUUGCCUAACUUCUCUGUGGUUGGAUAUACAAUCUGAAGCUUUGCUUUAUAAUACAUACAGGUAAAAAGGAACCAUAAUCUGCUACUUUAUCUGCUACUUCAAAGUCGUAAUGACUUUCCACACAUUUCUGAUCAUAACUUAUUAUCAUCACCACAUACCUUAUCAUCAUCUACAAAAGUCAAUACUAUUGUUACAAGGAAAGCAAAUGGAGAAAAAUGGUCUUAAAGUGACUAUUCUGGCGUAAAUAGUAGUAUAUUAUAUUUUGAUCCAGUCAGUGUAUAAAUUGAGUCCCCAUAUAUUCAAAUUUUUCAUUUUUUAUGGAUUUCCUGCUUGGGAAAAUUUGAUUUUUUAGAAUUAUCAUCUGUGUUGAUGUUUAAAUUUUUUGGUUGUUUAAAAAUUGGUAUAGCUUUGUAGUAUAUUCUUUUAAAAUGAUCUUGAUUUCAGUAAUUUAAUUAUUUCAUUUUAAUAUUCAAGAGUAUUGAGAGCAUGUGACUUAAAAAUCUCUUUUCCAAUUUUGACUUUAGAGUAGAUCAUACCUGCUCAUUCCAAAAAUAUACAAUACAUGUUUAUGCUUGUAUAAAUUAACAUAGCCAUAUCCUUUUUUAGAGGGAUAGUUUUAAAGAACAUCUCAGAAUUAUAACUUUUAUUCUAGAAGGUUCUAUAAUAGCAGCUUUAACACUUUUUUUUUUUGUCAUCUUGUCCUUCCUCCUCAGCAUGUGUAAAAGUAUCAUUUUCUCCUAAAAAAUUUGGAGUUCAAGUUUGUAUUCUAAAGAAUCUGUAAAAUACAAACUAAAGUAGUGUAGUAGAUUAUAAAUGUGGAUAUAAACUUGUUUAUUAAAAUAUAAUAAAUAUGUUAUCUAUAUAUUUUUAUAUAAAUAAAUUACUUUUAAGCAGUU